AUGGAGCCUCACUGGAAUCCCAACCUCGAAGAGCAGGCACUUGCUCGCGUGCACCGAAUGGGACAGACUCGCGAGGUGACAACCGUGCGUCUCUACAUGCGAGACUCCUUUGAAGAGCAAGUAAUGGAGGUUCAGAAGACAAAGAAGCAGCUUGCCGGACUGCUGCUGUCGCCGCACGACGGUAGCCAGACGGACGACAGUCUGAGCGGCUUGCAGGUGGGUGGUUGA